GGUGAUCGGGUCGUGGGUUUGGGGGCUGGACUCUGCCCGCAGCUCUGUGUCAGACGGAACCGGGCCCCGCACAGUCGCGUCCUGCAGCAGAGAUGGCUCCGUUGCUGUGUGGGGGGGUUCUGGCCGUUCUGCUGCUGCUGUGGGUCAGAGUGCGAGGUUUGGAGCACGUGCUCGUUCACCAGCGCUGGAUCUUCGUCUGCGCGUUCCUGCUGCCGCUCUCUGUCAUCUUCGACGUGUACUAUUAUGUGCGCGCGUGGAUCAUCUUUAAGAUGUGCUCCGCGCCCAAACUGCACGACCAGCGCGUCAGAGACGUCCAGCGACAGGUUCGGGAGUGGAGGAAGGAUGGAGCAAAGAGCCACAUGUGCACCGGUCGACCAGGCUGGCUCACCGUGUCUCUCAGAGUGGGCAAGUACAAGAAAACCCACAAGAACAUCCUGAUCAACAUGAUGGACAUCCUGGAGGUGGACACAAAGAGGCAGGUGGUGAAAGUUGAGCCUCUGGCCAACAUGGGCCAAGUGACGGCCCUUCUCAACGGCAUGGGCUGGACGCUGCCGGUGCUGCCGGAGCUGGAUGACCUCACCGUGGGUGGGCUGGUGAUGGGCACGGGCAUCGAGUCCUCCUCCCACAUCUAUGGACUGUUCCAGCACAUCUGCGUGGCGUACGAGCUGGUUCUCGCUGAUGGCAGUCUGGUGCGCUGCUCAGAGGAGGAGAACGUGGAUCUGUUCCACGCCGUUCCGUGGUCCUGCGGAACGCUGGGAUUCCUGGUGGCAGCUGAGAUCAAAAUCGUGCCGGCCAAACCCUGGGUGAAGCUGCGCUUGGAGCCGGUCAGGGGGCUGGAGAACAUCUGCAGGCGCUUUGCAGAGGCGUCCAGCAACAAGCAGAACACGUUUGUGGAGGGCCUCCAGUACAGUCUGGACUCUGCUGUGGUCAUGACGGGAACCAUGACCGACCAUGCUGAGCCGGACAAAAUCAACAGAAUCGGCCUGCACUUUAAACCCUGGUUCUUCAAACACGUGGAGGGUUACCUGAAGGAGGGCCGCACCGGGGUGGAAUACAUCCCUCUGAGGCAGUACUACCACAGACACACCCGCAGCAUCUUCUGGGAGCUUCAGGAUAUCAUUCCGUUUGGCAACAAUCCCGUUUUCCGCUGGCUCUUUGGCUGGAUGGUCCCUCCUAAGAUCUCCCUGCUGAAGCUCACUCAGGGAGAGACCAUCCGGCGGCUCUACGAGCAGCGCCAUGUGGUCCAGGACAUGCUGGUACCCAUGAAGCAUCUGCAGGCCGCCAUCACACGCUUCCACCAAGACAUCAAGGUGUACCCUCUGUGGCUGUGCCCGUUCCUGCUGCUGCCCGGCAGAGGGAUGGUGCACCCCAAAGGGGACCAGGAGGAGCUGUACGUGGACAUCGGGGCGUACGGGGAGCCCAAAGUCAAACACUUUGAAGCCAAAGCAUCCACGCGGCAGCUGGAGAAGUUCGUCAGAGACUGUCACGGGUUCCAGAUGCUCUACGCAGACGUGUACAUGGACCGAGAGGAAUUCUGGGAGAUGUUUGACGGACAGCUGUACCACAGAUUGAGGGAGGAGUUGGGCUGUAAAGAUGCUUUCCCAGAGGUUUACAGCAAAAUUUGCAAAUCUGCCCGACACUGACCCCCCCCCUGCCUGCCUGAGCAUGACUCGGCACAGACUCCCCCCCCCCACCUCAGAGGGACGGGUAUCUCACCAGCAACGCCUCAGCCGCCUGUGGAGAACUAUGGUCUGUUUCAGUCUAACUGCUGAUUGACUGAAAUGUGUUGUUUCUCAGUUCUCUUCUCAACAGGAAUCACAGCCCAGACACACACUACUACAACACAUUUGAAUGACAAAUAAAUGUUAAAAAUCCC